GGUCCACACUUGAGUUGUUCCUGUAAGGGUGUGGAUAUGAUGUACUAGCAUAUGCGUGCCCUGGUGAAAGUAACCGAAUGGAAAUGGAGUCCGUAUUUGCUGCAGGAGCAGGAGCAGGAGCAGGAGCAUCCCAAUUGCUGCGUCCCAGGGUCACACCUCAGAUUCCCAUCGCUCUCAAACUGAGCGCCGCCGCCGAUAAAGCGCCUUUUGGUUUCAGGUUCAAGAAGAACGUUUUAAAUUUGCAAAUAAGGGAAAGAUGGCAAGCUGUGUCUGCAUCAAAAUCUAACCUUCCAGAUGGGGAUUCCAUCGAAGAUAAAUCAGGCAGGGUUAAAAGUGGUGAUGCUCCUCAAGGCCCCCCUUUCCUUACCAUCUUGGCUGGAUUUCUAGUCCUUUUACUGGUAUUCUGGAUUCUUGGAUCCAUUCUAACGUGGUUGAUUAGUUUCUUUGUUCGGAACUAGGGGACUAUAUUUAUUAACUUUUGUCUUUAAGCAUGCACUCAUCUAGAAUUAUCAUCAAUGAAGACGCGCUCUAUUUUAUUUCAA